AUGUAUCAAAACCUACUGAGCCUCUCUCUUUCUGCAGGCAACUUGGAGGCGCUUUACUUAUGUGGCAUGGAAGAAUAUUUUAAAAAUGAAAACAUUGUUCAGGGUUUGGAAUAUCUCCAUCUCGCAGCUCAGGGUUUUUACGACAAUGGUAUUUACCUUUACGGUAUAAUAAUGUUAUCUAGGGGCAAUCCAACAAUCGGCAUCCCAAUGCUGGAUUCACUAAAUUGGAGAGCCAACAAAGCAAGAUCAGAUGGUUGGUGGCAAAACAUCAAGACUUCUAUUCAGGGAGUAGUAGUCAAAAGAUUUGACGUUUACAUAACAACUUACAAGGCCACGAGAGCUACAAUAGCAUGUCAUAGAAAUGAUAUGAGACGUUGUGAAGCAUGUUACUAUUUUAAGCAGAUGAAGAAGUUUAUUUUCAUUAUGUGA